AUGAAGCGGUCUCAAGGGAAACCGACAGGACGUGGUUUUGAAGGACCCCGCCCCGGUUUCUCGGGCUUUGGAGGCUUUGGCAACGCCGCCUCCGGGACUUCCUUGUCGUACCUCGCCGAGCCUCCUUCAUUUGCUGCUGUCUCGGAUCCGAAUGUUGUCGUGUCGCUCAAGAACAUUCUGAAGAAGGACAGCACUACCAAGGCCAAAGCGCUCGAGGAGCUACUAGCUUAUGUUCAGGCUCAUCCAUUUGACAAGGAUGGCGGGGUUGAAGAGGGCAUCCUCGACGUUUGGGUCCAAAUAUAUCCUCGCACAUCUAUAGACAACUCACGUCGCGUGCGUGAACUGACGCAUAACCUCCAGUUUGAGCUCAUGAAAUCAGCCCGCAAGCGUUUUGAACGUCAUCUGCCAAAGAUCGUCGGCGCAUGGCUUGCCGGCCUGUAUGACCGUGACCGUGUUGUGGCCAGGGCUGCUAGCGACGGUCUAACCUCGUUUCUCAACACCCCUGAAAAGGUCCUGGCGUUUUGGACCAAGUGCCAGGGCCAGAUCCUUGACUAUGCCAUUGAUGCUAUCCAAGAAACACAAGAUACCCUGAGCGAUGAACGAUCAACAACGGCGGAGGAUGCCGAGGCAAAGUAUUAUCGAGUUGUUACUGCUAGCUUGUCACUUGUCUUGAGUUUACUGCAAAAGGUUGAGCCAAGUAACUUGGAGAAGUUGCAAUCUCGAUACGAUGACUACUUUGCGGAGGAAAACGUUUGGAAGACCAUUACUUUCAACGACUCGUCAGUCAGGAAGACGGUAUGUCAGCUGCUGUUCGCCUCCAUCGACCGGAAGUUGCCAUAUGCCGAUGAUGCAAAGGUCAAGCAAGCCUUCAUCACAGGAGGUCUGAAGACCAACCAAGCUGGCUCGGCGCUCGAAUAUGUACGGGCGUUGACAAAAAUGACACAAAUAUAUCCCGAUGUUUGGACAUCAACGAAGACACCGAGCGGUCCAAAGUCUCCCCUUGGCAGGCUGCAGGCAUUCGUCGCCAAGGGAUCUCAGGGCAGUCCGCCCAAGUUCUGGGAGUACUUGGAUCAACUGCUGAUGGUUCUGCCAUCGGAUUUGAUCACACCCGAGGUUGCUUCCCAAUUUUUGACUUCUCUCAAGUCUGGUAUCACACAUCGCGAUGAACCUCGAACGAACACUUCUUACGCAUGGAAGUGCUUCAUCGAUACAGCCAAGCGCCUCCUCAAGAACCUCCCGGCCGACGACCAAUUGCCAUUUGUGCAAGAGCAUCUCUUCCCUCUUAUUGAGCAGUUCUUGUUUUCGGUGUCAGAAAAGACAGUAGCUAUACCGCUUGGCCCAAACGCGAUUUCCGUCCUGGUCGAAGCCUACAUCGCCACUGUCCAAGCCUCACCAUCGGUGGUAUCCGCGUCCAAGGAAGAAUGGGACCGACUCGCCAGUGUCUUCUGCGCAAAGAUCUCCGGAUCGUUGCCUGAAGUUUCGCGGGAGUAUCAACAGUCUCAAGAAAAGAUCUCUGAGGAGGGCCGACGGUGGUUCGGUCUCGUGGGCCAGAUUGAGGAGAAGAUAGCUGACCUGGAAGAAGAGGUUCCGGACCAUACAGCUCAACCCUCUCUCAAAGCCAUUUCUCAGAGUAUCACACUGCUGGAGAGCCGGAACUUGAAGCCAUUUGGUGCAGCUCGAAUCAUCGAAUAUGCCUUGAGUAUGGCACCUCGCUUAUUCGACGGCGAAGGGGCUGUAACGCUCUCCACGUUCUUUACUACCCUGGCUCGUGAUGAUGCUGCCAAGGCUGUCACUUCGCCCUCCUCGAGGUACCUUCUCUCUUCGCUUCACCUUUUCGGCUCCGUGUCAACUCAAUUCGCACCUAUUUGGAACUCUUGGGUCGAGGCUGUCCUCGAUCUACCAUCGGAGGCUACCCGUGAUGUCGCCCUUGCAUCACUCAUCUCCAACGAUAGAGGAGCUGUUCUCGCCAAGGGAAACAUGGACUUGCAAAAGCACAUUAUUGGUCAGGCUGUCCUUUUGGCGGUCGGUGGUAGCAAUGAUUGGGAAUUGCUGGAAGCUGCUGUCACAUACCAGACUCUUACCGACAGCAAUUACCGAGAGCUUGUUCAAGCUCUUGUCGAAAUCCUUGAGAAGGAACCUUCGAAGACGGAAUCAACACUCCAAGCCUUGGAGAUUGCUGCCAAGGGUCGACCGGAGCUGUUCUCCCGCGAUGAACGCGUUCACACAACGUUGGUAGCUCUGCUUCUCGGUCUUUCUGAGCUAGAGGACUCCGCCAUUUCUUCAAAAGCGACUGCCAUCCGCACUCUUCUCGAUACCCACACUGACGGAAAGCUACCUGUUAUUGCUGUCGUUCAAGCCAACCUCGAGCGAGCAGGAACGCAGUCUCUGGACAUUAACACCUUGGUGUCGCAAGCAUACAGCGCGGUCUCGAGUGACAUCCCUUCCGAAGAGCUCUUCCCAAGUACCAAUGUGUGGAUGAAGGAACUUGCGCCAUUGUUGGAACUAUCCGUCAAUCCGGCUCUGUCGAUUACAAACAGCAUUGGCGGUGCUGUGGCCUUGGUUAAGGGAGCCCCUCGAUCUACCAAUCUCAGAAUUUAUCGGGAUAGAAAGGGACGCGCCAUUCCUAUAAGAAUGGCUCUUUAUGUGUCUCAGCUUUCGGAGAAGCUUCCACUGUCUCAGUUGCCCAAACCCUUCAGCUCGAGCUGUUGUAGCGCACAGGCUGAACAGUUCGUCUCCAAGACACGUGGGAUCUUGAAUCAGUUGGCUGCUGAUGCUGGCGCCUGGAGCGACUCGGAAGAGAAGCCGAUCAUCCAAGACCUCAUUGAUCUAUUAACCCAAUACUCGCAAGAGCUGACGCCCAGAGGGCUAUACAGUGCACGUGCGCUCAGUGAGCUUGUCCAAUUCCUAGCUGAGGCGCAUGGAGCAUCAUCCAGCUUCGAAGACGCUCUUCUGAAGCCCGAUGUUCUCAAGAUUGGCCCUACCACCGUCCUGCCAGCCUCGGCUAUAAUUGCCGGGUUUGGUGAGACUCUGCAGCCCUCCAAGAUUGCUAGCAACUUCUGCAAUAAGGUUGUGAGUGAGAUCGCAGGAGCCAAGGCAGAUAGUGACAAGACAUUGAUGACUCUUGUUCUUCUGUCGCAAUGUGCUCAGACUUACGAGGCGGGUGAAAUGCCCGUGGCUAACAACCGAAUCGUUUUUGCCGUCCGCCAAAUAACCUCUUGGCUGGACGAGCCUGAAAGCCUGAGCCCAGCCCUUUGUGCCGAGAUUUGUCGAGCAUUGAACAAACUGCUGCCUUGUAUGAAGGACGUUUACGGAUCUUACUGGGAAAAGACCAUCGAGUUUUGCAUAUCUCUCUGGAACCGUGCGCACGAGUUUGAGUUGAACGAGGCUCUUCCCUUCAUUCACUCUUCACUCAGGCUAUUCAAGACCAUCGAGUCCUUGCAAGAGCCUAAUGAUGAUCUAGAGGAUGCCCUCAAGGAGUACGCCAGUGCUAAGCCUAGGGCGUUGAUUGAGCUGCUGCGACUUCCUCGGGAUGCUCGCUCCCAGCCACUUGAGAUUGUGGAUGCCAUGCUUUGCCGAGAGGUCCAGAAGAUUUCUCUGAGACAUGUGCCUGAUCUGUCUGAUCUCUUUGGCCUGGUGGCGUCGGAAUCGCGGGACAUCCAGACAGCUGCGUACAACCUACUUCACCAGGCUCUUCCUGAACAGCAACAGCAGAAGUCCAUUGAUGCUUUGCUGGAAAAGACAGGUAUGUGUAAAGAUCUACCUCACGAAGACCAAGAACUGACAGCCACAGAUGCCCGACUCCCUGACGAACUCCUCUCACUUCUUCUUGACGCCCCCACGCUCGAGAAGUACUCUGACGAAAUGCUUGCCGAAUUUCCCUCUCCUAUCCGCUCAUACCUCCUAUCCUGGAAGCUCGUUUUUGAUGCCUACUCGACAUCAUCAUUCAAGAUCCGAAACGACUUUACUGAUAACCUGAAACAAGAUAAUUGCGUAGGGCCACUGCUAGACUUUAUGUUUGACGUGCUGGGUCACUCAGCUGCUCAUCCAUUGAAGCUAGAAAAGGUCAACCUCACUUCAGAGCACAUCCAAGACUACGAUGUGAAGUUGGCAGAGUCGGAACCCGAGGAGAAGAACAUGCAGUGGCUGUUGGUUCAUCUCUUCUAUCUUCUCCACAAGUACACACCUGGGUUAUUCCGUGCUUGGUACAUCGACUGUCGCUCAAAGCAGACACGCAUCGCUGUUGAGUCGUGGACGACCAAGUACUUCUCGCCCAUCAUAGUCUCAGAUGUCCUAGAUGAAGUCCAGAAGUGGGCUGAUAGCCAGGAGCCUCCUGCUAUGGACGAGAAGGAACUUGUUGUACGUGUCGCGCGAUCCUCUAGAGAAAUCAUAGCUGGCUAUGAAGUCGACGAGGAUCAAGCCGCCAUCGCCAUCAAGAUACCUCAGAACUACCCCAUCGAAAACGUCUCUGUGCAGAGUCUGAAUCGUGUCGCUGUCAAUGAGAAGAAGUGGCAGAGCUGGAUCAUGACGACACAGGGUGUCAUUACUUUCUCCAACGGCAACAUCAUCGAUGGUCUUCAAGUCUUCAAGCGAAACAUUCUCGGUGCGCUCAAGGGCCAGACCGAGUGUGCUAUCUGCUACAGCAUUAUCUCGACCGACAAGCGCAUGCCUGAUAAACGAUGCACCACUUGCAAGAACUUGUUUCAUAGGACGUGUUUGUACAAGUGGUUCCAGAGCAGUAACCAGAAUACUUGCCCGCUAUGUCGAAACCCAAUUGACUACCUGGGCUCAGAUACGAAGAGACGACAGGGCUAG